GGGGACCGAGCGGCCGGUGGGAGCAGCGCGCGGGGCGGUCUGGCAUCGCGCGGCUGGUGGCGGCGAGCGGCGUGCGUCAUGGAGGGCCGGGGCCUGGAGGAAGACGCGCUGCUGCAGAAGCUCAGGGACAGCCGCCGCCGCUUCCAGAGGCGCAUGCGGGAGCUGAUAGAGAAGUAUGACCAGCCCUUCGAGGACGACCCACUGGUGCAGAUGGCCACGCUGACCUACCAGACGCCCCAGGGAUUGAAAAUUUGGGGAGGAAAACUAAUAGCAGAAGGAAGCGAAGGACUAAUCCAGUACCCCCCUGGAAAGCCAGAGGACAGGAUGGAAGACCCUGGGUAUGCCGCAGCCCGAGGUGACGAGCCUGUGCCUUUGUGCCCCCUGGUCCUGAGAGCCGAUCCAGGAGGCAGCGAUGCCAGAGCAGCGGUGGACCUGGGCAGUCCUCUGGCCCAGGCCUUGGUGCCUUCAGUGCCUUGGAGCCCUCUGAAAAAUGAGUUAAGAAGGAAAUAUCUGACCCAGGUGGAUGCACUGCUUCAAGACGCAGGGUGUUUUGAGGGCACAGAUAAGAGAGGCACAUCAGACACACCCAUGACUCCCGUGCCUUCCCUGGCCUCUCCUGCCAUGCCUGGCCCCGGACCCUGUGGCAGUGUCUCUGCAGAGAGCCCUGGUGACCCUAUGGAGCUGACUCCCUCCCCCAGAGAGUUGGAUCCGUUGCGUCCUUGCCCAGCCGACCUGGCCACAGCAUCUAGAAAUGACAGUCUGUCACUGCUGGGGACCAGCAGCUGUGUGAGCAGCCAGUCCUUCGAGGCGGAUGACAUCUGCGAUGUGACGAUCAGCGACUUGUACGCGGGUAUGCUGCACUCCAUGAGCCGGCUGCUGAGCACAAAGCCCUCGAGCAUCAUCUGCACCAAGACCUUCAUCGUCCAGAGCCGGAGCUCCAGGAGGAGGCACGUGCGCAGGGGCAGGGUGCUGGUGAGCGAGCGGCACUGUGCCAGGGCUCGGUGCUCCCGGAGGGGCUCCCGGGAGAGGCCUGCACCCUGCUCAGAGCCCCGGCAAGAGACAGGACCCCUAAGAGACUGUAAGAACUUACUGCAUGUCGCCCAGCAUGAGCCAUCUUCAAAACUGGACAGAGCUUUUCUUGCAGGAAACAAAGCCCAGAGCCUUAAAUUAGAUCCACGUUGGAAGGAACUUCAGGUGACACCCUGGAAGCAUUCUUCCUUGACUUGGGACCUCAACACAGUGCAUCAUCCUGACCAGGAAAAUAGAGUUAGGAUGCUAAAGUGGUUGAUUUCUCCUGUAAAAAUAGUUUCUGGACCAAAAAUGUUGCCCAGCCCAGCAGAAAAUCGAUACAGGGAGAUUGAAAUCAAAUUUAACAAGCUGCAUCAAGAAUGUUGCCCAAGUGUUGGGAAAGGAGCUUCCCCAGGUGGCCUUGGGGGCUUAAAAACCCUCAGGCGGAGUUUGCCUUUCAGCAAAGCAAAACGGAAGGGGCUAAGUGAGGCCUUUGAAAACCUGAGCAAAAGAUGUGUGGAGGUAGGUAGAGGCCCACCAGAGAGCGACGCCUCUCCAUCUCUUCCCAAGAGCCGCGGCCACUCUUGGCAGACAUCUGGCCUCCUUCAGGGACACAGUUCUGGAACAUUCAGAAAGGCAUGGUCACCCCGCCAAGCUAUUUCAGUACCUAGGGUAGAACCUCUGGCCUGUGAGAGAAAUCGCUACAAUGAGAUCAAAGAGAACUUUGACCAGCUUCAUCAGGAGUAUUGCCAGAGGUCGCCUCGGCAGCAGGCGCUGCAGGCAAAGGCACCUGCCCCGCUUGGAGUGUCUCCAGAUAAAGCUGAUGUAGGAGUUCAGAGCCAAACCCCAGAGCUCUUCGGAAAGUCAAAUCGAGACUCUGUCUUCCAGAAGCUGUCACCGUCACCGCAGUGGCACAUGCGAAGUCCACAGGGCUCACCUGCAGCUGAGACUCAUCCAUCUGCUCACUCUGCUCAUGGUUCCAGGAGGGACCCUCAGUCCCCUGCAAAAAGACACAGGCUGUCAGACCCCCAGGCGCGUGGACACCGGGCCAGUUUCCAGGAUUCCUCAGAGGUGGAUGAAGCCGACCCCAGACCAGGGGAGCAGGCUGGCCCCCCACAGGCCAGCUGGUAAGGAGGAGCAUUUCCGCCUGUGGGGUGCCUUUCCUGCCAGCAGGUACUUUUCCUCUGCGGUGCAGAGGAGCGAAGCCACGGCACGCCAGGUGCCACGGAGCAUCCCGACCUGGCCGCUCCUCCUGACCGGUCCCUGCAGGACUGUGAGUGGGUUUCCAGGUGCUGUCUCCCAGACCGUCUGCUUCCUCUGAAGUCAGCAUUGAUAGCAAGGAUGUGUGGGGGGGGGAGGCUUCAAGAUGGAGCUGCAAGUGUUUGGAAGGAAGGGGGUCCUUGUCUUCACUGGAAUGCCCUCACUACUGCUGUCUGUCCAGUCUGUCCAUCUGUCCGUGUCGACACUCAGAAAACAAUUGUUGGAAGGUGAAACUGAUCUGGGAAUGGUGACCUCUGUCCCCCUCCUAACUCCUCGGAGGGCUAGCAGCAUGCAGGUUCCCACGCCUGUCCUCCUGGCUCCCAGCUCUGGGCCCCUCAGCCACAGCUUGCCCCUGCUGUACCCUUUUCUUUCCCCGUCAUGGAACAGGGAGCAGGUGGGGUGGACGGGCCAGCAGGACGAAGUGCCAGGUCUUCAGUGGGAUCCAUGUGUCCUCAGUUGGGCUCCAGGUGGCAUGGCUCACCUGAGUGACUGUGGUCACUUGUCCUCACUGGCCGAGAGAUGUGGGCUGAGUUGGGCUCUGGGUUUGAUGGUAGCUUGGGCAGGCAAGGUGAGGCCGUGUCUGCAGCCUCCUGUUCUUGUUUGUCCCCUGCUGAGGUCAGACCCCCUUGGGGGUCAGUUGACGGGCCCUGCCUACCACAGUUACCUCCUUUUCUGUUUUUCCCACCGCUGCCUGUCCGCGGAGGACCCUUUCCAGCAGCUCACUCCUGCCUCCUGUGUCUGGCUGGUUCUAGAAACCACCACAGCCCCCAUGUGCUCUCUCCCCGUUCCCGUCCUCCCAGGGUCACCCAGGCAGACUCUGCCAUGAGAGGGUCCUCCCUCUCCUUCCCAGGGCGCUCCUCACUGCCACCCCUCCCACUCCCCACUUGUUUCUUGAACCUCUCCGUCUGGGCCGCCCCGCUGUCUCCCCGGGCAGGCACGCCCGGCUGAGGAGGAAGCCGUCUGCACAGGCGGCCCACAGGCCCGGCACAGCGCGGGAUCUUUCUGGCCAGUUGCGUUUUGUCUUGCUGAUGUGAAGUCCUAGGUAUGAGCAGCCAGGGCCGAGCACACGCCGGCCUGCCCUCUUCCCAGGGAAGACCUACCUGGUGAAAGCACCUGUCCCCGGGGGGAGCCUCUGGUGGGACCAGGAGGGCUGGGGGAGGUGCAGGAGCCAGGCCCCUGGGAGGCCAGAACCAGAGAGCAGCCGCCCAGGGCCCUGUGUCCUCCAUCUGCCUGUCCCAGCAGUGCCUGGCCACCAGCACAGUUGUUCCUGGGUCUUGGUCUGUUUGCUCACCUCCCCCAUCCAGGGCCCAUGUGGCUUUCGCAGGCCAGGCCACACCGGGGGACCUUCAGCUACAGUUCAGUGAGGCCUUAGAGCUCACUGGACAUUCCAGGGGUGGCCUUGAAGAGAUGCUCCUGUGUUGGGUCACUUAGGAAACCUUGGCAGAAAGGGAGCAUUUCACCAAAGAGAUCCUCGGCCCAGAGCCGUCCCUGAGGUCUCUCCUGGCCUCCUGCACAUCACAGGUCCCUGAUCGGCUAUCCCUCUGGUCUAAACCUGAAUGACUGCUUUUCAAGUAGUCCCCUCGCCAACCCAUGCCUUUGACCCUGGCCCCAGGACUCUCCUGAGCCUUUGGCUGGCCUCCCCCUGUGGCCCCAGAAUACAGUCUGACUCUCCUGCCCCACCUUGGCCUCAGCUCCUCCCUCUCCCUGGGAAGUCUUGUCUGGCCAAGUAGAGGGAACCUCAGCCCCACAGAAUGGUGCGCAGUCCCCAGCAGGAGCAGGUGCCCCACCUUGGCUUGGGACUCUUGCCCUCAGUGCCCAGUGCAGCCCUCACAGCUCCCUGCAGGUGAUGGCAGGUGAGUGUGGGGACACCACUGGCCCACAGUGUGCGCAUGUUUCCCCCGUCCCUGCUCGAGGUGCCCAGAUCUCCACAAGUGCGGCUGCAGGGGCCCGGUCGCUGGCCAGCAAUGAGGGCCUGCCUGUUGGCCUGCAGCUGUCUCGUGCCCUGCCUCAGUGCCCACAGGACCCUUUGACCAGGCAGGCUGUCUCCUUGUGAGGAGUGUGGCCUCAAGACUCCCCGGGGCCUUGCUGGUGAGGUACACUGCCUGCUGGGUUGUUCUGUAAGUAGACCUGCCUGGGGGUUACGCACCGGGGCGUUGUCUGUAGUGGAUGUAUUUCCUCACGUGCAGUGGGGCUCAUUGUAAGGUUCACCUUGAUUUUUUCCUAGGGGAAAGAACAUCUUUCAGGAUAGAGGGGAAUAGUGGUUUUGUUAGAGAUAUUUAGAGCUGAGGCUAGCCUGGAGCAUGGUUCCUCUCCCUCGUGCUCUGCUUUGUAGGGCUGGGGUGGAACCCAGAGCCACACACGUGCCAGGCAAGUGCUCAACCACUGAGCUGCGACCCUGCCCUUAAAGACCCGUCUCAGUCACUAUGCCAGUUAGCCCUGGUGAGCCUCUUCUGUUUUAUUUUUUUAAUGUAGACACAAAUCUGUUUUGUUAGACCAUCAUUUGUUUAUUUAAACCCUGGAUACAGCGAUCCUUGAUCUUUCGAGUACCAACUAAAACACAAUUGGCCCAUAAAAAGCAGUUCUUGGCAUCCUGCUGGUUUUAGGUGGAGGUGUCCCGUGUUAACCCCACCCCUGCACCCCACAGUACCUGGUGCCUUGUUUCUUUGAGAUGAUUUAUACUAGGGUAUCACAGGGACAUUUUAUUGAAAUAUUUCAAAUAUUCAAAAUCGAGUGGUGAAACCCAUGUGCGGCCACCUGGAGUUACGGCUGUUGAUGUGUGUUACUGCUGAUGUGUGUUAAGGAAGUGUUCUCAAUAAAAGAUGGAAGACGAGGUUAA